AUGGCGGGGCGCGCUCGGCUCGGCGCGGCCCGGGGGGCCCUGCGCGCCUGGCUGCUGGCCGGCGUCUGGGUCUGCGCGCUGGGCGGCCUCGGCGCCCCGGGGACCCCGCGGCCGUGCCGGGCGCCGCAGCAGUGGGAGGGCCGCCAGGUCGUGUUCCGGCAGAGCAGCGGCCGCAACAGCCGCGCCCUGCUGUCCUACGACGGCCUCAACCGGCGCGUGCGGGUGCUGGACGAGCGGAAGGCGCUGAUCCCCUGCAAGAGAUUAUUUGAAUAUAUUUUGCUCUAUAAGGAUGGAGUGAUGUUUCAGAUUGAACAAGCCACCAAGCAGUGCUCCAAGAUCACCCUGACGGACCCCUGGGACCCUCUAGACAUUCCUCAGAAUUCCACGUUUGAGGACCAGUACUCCAUAGGGGGGCCCCAGGAGCAGAUCACAGUCCAAGAAUGGUCCGACAGAAAGUCAGCUAGAUCAUACGAAACCUGGAUUGGCAUUUACACAGUCAAGGAUUGUUACCCCGUCCAGGAAACCUUCACCAGAAAUUACAGUGUGCUGCUGUCCACGCGGUUCUUCGACAUCCAGCUGGGCAUUAAAGACCCCUCCGUGUUCACCCCGCCCAGCACCUGCCAGACGGCCCAGCCGGAGCCGAUGAGCGAGAACUGCUCCUGGCAGUAGGCCCGUGGGCGCCCCCGCGGGGUGCGGGGCUUUCGAGAAGUGACCACCUUGGCUCGAGAGAAGGAUCCUGGUGGGAGGAAGAUAAACCGCGAUCCGGGGUUCUUUGUAUAUAUGAUCCUGACUACUCAAGCGAUGUUGACGAAGGGGAUGGACAGCGGUGGGAAUGCGACUGGAGGAGACGGCUGACCCGGGGAUGCGCUGUCUGCGCUGGCAGGUGGAUCUGGG